AUGAUGACAAUCUUGUACAAACAGGAUCAUGUUGUGUUUUGUGAUAUCAAAAAAAAGAUUACUAUCACAGUCGAGCAAAGUAACCCUUCGAAUAAUCAAUUAGAAAAAUCAAUUGAUAUAAGUUUAACUGAUGACAAUGACUUAUAUUUUCUUUUUACUGUUAAAAUUAUGGCAACCGAUUAUCUGAAACUUAAAGAUCAACAAGGUUUAUUUGUCGAAUACAACGCUUUUGGUGAGAUGCUUACUGACUUACUUACCAAGUGUGCAGUUGAAGAAAAUAACAGUUCUCCCAGAUAUAUUCUACAAUUUUCUGAAUCUUCCGAUCCGCAUAUCCUACAGAUUGUUGAAACCACUGAUUUUCGUCGUCUAACGCACUUGGCCUUGAAAUUUUCUGCAGCAUCAGAUGAUAUCCUUAAGGCAUAUCUUGUAUCGUAUAUUAAAAAAUUUCGGGAUAAUUAUGAGAAUAACGUCGCACUGUUUGAACACAAAGAGACCAACUUGAGUAGUCAGCUAUUAGUAUCGAACCAGAUGUCAGAUGAGCUUAAGAAAAAGUUGGAGGAUUUUAAAGACAUUCAUCAACGCGAUGUAUCCGACUUAAAACGUCAUUAUGAAUCGCAAAUAAAUAAUAUAAAAUCUUCAAAUGAGAGGGCAAUUGAGCUUUUGAAAUCAAAUCACAACUCUGAAAUAAAGGCCCUACAGGAGAGCCAUUCUGCAGAAAUGACUGGCAUUAAAUCAAAGCUCGAGUCCCAGUCUUCUCUUUUAUCGACAAGUAGUAUUCGUGAAGAUGAGCUUCGAUCUCAGAUUGCUUCACUUACUAAGACCCUCCAAAGCACUGAGGUGUUACUUGGUACUGCUCGGAAAGAAAUUGAAGCUCAAAAGGAAGAGAUAGCAGCGCUCACUGAUAAGAAUGAAGAAUUGCAGAAAUCGAUAAAUCAAGUGACUGUGAAAUAUGAUAAUAUUGAAUCAAUGUUUGCAGUUGAACAGCGACGGGCUAGCGCAUUGGAGACUGACUUCGCUGCUCAGAGGGAUCAAUUCAAAAAUAUGCAAGAUGAAAUUCAGCGGAAAACGAAGCAGAUUGAAAGGAUGGAACGGCAUGCUAAACAGCAGACAAUUGAGAUUACUAAGGCUAAUAGCAUUAUCAAACAACUGCAGAAGGAUCUGAAGGCAGCUCAAAAUAAAGCCAAACUUCGAGGUCAGGUGGCGACUGAACAGGAAAAGGUGUUGACAGCCAAAGAGGCGGAAGCCGAAGAUGCCCUUAGUGCUCUCAGAGAAGUUCGCGAUCAAUUGCACGCUGAAGAAUCACGUCGUGAACGUUGUGACGCGCAAAUCGCCAAUCUACAGACUGCUCUCGAAGAGGCCAAGAGGACUAUUGAAAAUAAUGAAAACAUUAUAUCAUGGCUGAACAGACAAAUCUCCGAGUCUCACACACAGUCAUGGCAGGAGCGGCUUAAGGCCAAGGGGAUACCAGUGGUGCCCUCCUACAUGGCUCACAAGCAACCUCCCCCACCCACUCUACCACCAUUUGGAAAGGACACUGGUGGAAAGCUUGGAAUUGCUGGAGCUGGAGGUCUGAAACCAACUGGUUUAGAUUCACUAUCACCGCCAUGCCGUCAAGUAUCAUCCACUUCUCCUGGAAUUGGAUUGAAAACUUAUGGUACUAGCACUGCCAUUUCAUCCCUUACUGGGAAGGAAAACACGCUUCCAAUGACUUGCAAUCAUAAUGCUACUAAUGGUUCAGCCCCAUCGGCACCUGGCUUGUUGGAUGGUGUUGCAUCUGAAAUUGCCGCAUUAACCAUCCGAUCCCCUGCUCCACUGAUAUCACUGACUCGCCAGCAACCUGAGUCCUCUACUCUCCACUCUCGCUCAAAACCUCCUCAGAAUGCGGGAACUUCAUUGGCCAGUGACUGUGACAGCAGCUUGAGUCGUCCGCCAAAUUCGAAUAACCAACAGCACUCCUCCCUCUUGUCUUCAUAUUUUCACCCAAAACCGACUACUACUUAG